GCCUCCUUGAGGCAUAGGUUAUGCAGCUGACAUCAGGGAGAGACUAAAAUCGUCAAACAUCCUAGAAGUUGUCUGUAGUGAUCUGAAAGGGGAGCAUUUGGACCUGUUGAACCCCAAGAACGCAACUAGACAAAACUAUAUACUGGGAAGCUUAGCAACAAAAUUCAAAACUCGAAGAAUAUGUCAUCAAAAUAAGUAGAAAAUGAGAACAGGGAAAGAGGCCUACAGGUCAUGUCCUCGUCUGCGUCCUGUUUGGACGUAAGUUGCUACCCUCAUUCACGAGUGGCAUACAAAUUCAUACCACAAUGUACCGGUUACCAACAGACACCACUAACGACAUGCUGCGCGUGCGCAGUGUGUUGAUAGCGCGAGUGACUCAAGCACUGUUCAGGGCAGGAAAACUGCGUCUGCGCUGUACAGCAUUUGUGGACGAGGUGUAUAAAGAGAGUGAUGACAGGGAGAUACAAGAAGACGCACCACAGUUAGCGUUAAUCAUGGUCAGCACAUCCAGAUCGUAUAACGGUACCAAUAUUGCGACAUCGAUACUUCAUUCCAAGCUACUCACAGCUAUCUUACUCAUUAUCGAGAUAACGUAUUGGAGUUGGACAAGAAACACUAACAGCAUGGACAAUCGGUGAUCUGUGUAGUGCAAUUACAUGAACUUAAAAACAGAUAAUGUGAUUUUAACCUUUAUGUUACGUGUAAAAAGUUCAGAUGAAUGAAUUUAGAUUUUAAAUAAGACCCUUGUUGUAUGUUACAUUUGGUAACAAUCUGAAAAUAUUGCGGUGCUACUAAAAUCUAGAAUACAUGAGUUGAGCUGAUCGUGAAUCUAGUCCAGAAUGUUAGUAUUAUAAUAUUAUAGUUACACUUUAUAAGAUUGCUUCAAUAUACCCACUACGAUGAUUACAUAACCAAGUUGGGGCAUAGUGUUGCUCACAUUUCCCAACUUUUGAAAUUCUUGUGGGCUCCGUCAUAUGACUAAUUUUUGAGAUGCAUUACCAAGAGAUGGGUAUGAUAGGAGUUGUAAUCACUUUAUCACCCAGCAACUAGAAACGUAAUAUGCCUCAACCGGCUCAAGCAUUUUUCAUGUACUUAUAUUUCUAUUUUGAUAUAGCAUGGUUGCUAUAUAAUUUACCACGCGAGUUGUCCCUGGCGAUAGUGUCUCUCGGCAAUGUAUCCAAAAAUUACUGAAUAGUUGUCUAUAGUUUCGACAUUAUCACAUCAAGGUAUAACAAAAAACGAAAUUAAUAAUCAAAAGACAGUCCAUAAUACCAGUUUUAGUUACUUGUUAGUCUCACAAUUCACUAAUGGAUCCAUUUAUCUCAGUUUAUUUAAAGCCAUUAUUAGAGCAUCUCAGUAUAAGUAACAUUUUUUAUCCAUUGUAAUUGUACAAUAUAUGAGGGGUGUACUUUACUGGAGGCAUAAUGUAGCAACCCGCAGUAUUUUCGGAUGUUUUUCGGAUUCAAAAUAGAUGUGAAUAACUGUGCUCCAAAGGUAAGUGUGAUUACUGUAAAGAAGUCCGUUAUGUCAAUAAGUAGGUACCUAUUAUUUCUGUAAAGUUUGCAUAGAAGUUCUGGAAAUAGCACACAUACUGAAGAUGUAUGUGAAGUGUCCUGUAGGUUUGACACCAACUUGGAGCUUGAAAUGCGUCAAAUAAUUUAAUUAUCAUACACAAUUUAUUUUUACGCGGAACUAAAGUUUCUGAUACUAAAAAGACCUGUAUCAGUUUUUCUGUUCGACGGCCUAUUUUGCAAUUAUAUACAUUUAUUGUUAACAUGUAAUUUUAAUUAU